UACAUGUCCGAGUGCCGUGGUGUUGUCAGCGUGGCAAAUCGAUUAAUAAAGAUGGUAUUAAUGCAUAAUUACUCUGCUAUGCGCUAAGAUGUACAUCUGGACAAUCAGUUUGGCAUCGCUUCGAGAAUGGUGUACUGGAACAAGGAUGCUAUUUAUGCAUUGUCAAGUUAUAAAGUUUUAGCAUGGCCUAUAGGAGUAUGGCCAAUUGAAAACGACAUCUUUUAUUCGAAGAUACGUUACUUCUUUGCGAUUGCAAGCGAGAUUUGGCUGAUGACAACACUAUUGAUGAAUGUAUAUCUCGCCUGCGACAAUUCCUCAGCAGAUCCGAUUGACACGUACGUGGUGACCUCAAGUGCAAUGUUAGGAAUUGUCAAACUCACCCUGUUGCAGAUACAGCGAUCCACCCUUUCAAUCAGUUUAUACUCCGCUAUCCAGGACUGGUGUAGCGUCAAAGAUGCGAGGUCGCGCGAGAUCAUGAUCCAGUACGCACGCACGGCGAGAAUAAUUUCGUUGUCUCUGUUUUACUCUGGAUUUAUUGCCCUUAUAUUUUAUAUGUUGCGACUCUUGCCCUUUGCACACGCGACCACCAACGGAAGGACAUUUGUCCUCCCAAUGUCCUGUCUUUUCGAGUCCGUCUCCAAUCUCCAGUAUGUCCUCAUUACAUUCUACCAGGUGAUUCAGUUGUUGAUCACGUACGCUGGAAACUGCUGUACGGAGGGAAUGUUCGUCGGUGUCACGAUGCAUCUGUGCGGACAGCUCGAACUAUUGAUGAUCGAUUUUCAGCAGAUCGAUCGCAAGCACAAGCGCAAAGGAGGCAGCAUCUUUGAAGAAUUCGUUAUUAGACAUCGAGAGUUGUUAAAACUCACGGAAAACAUUGAUGAUUCUUACAGUAUAAUUAUUUUGACUCAAAUCUUUACCAGCGCCAUUUUGAUAUGCAUAACAGGCUUCGGACUUAUUGUAUCCUGGCAUAUUCACGACAUGGUUAUGAUAAUGAAGAGCAUUGUGAUAAUGAUCGUUAUGUUGCUGCAAUGCUUCCUGUACUCGUACGCGGGCGAUAAUUUGAGGGAUCAAAGCGAAGCCUUGUCAUUCGCGCUUUAUGACAGUAACUGGUACGAUUUUUCACCCAAUGAUAUAAGAGACCUGACGUUUAUCAUGAUAAAAACAAAUAUACCCAUUCGUCUGACCGCCGGAAAGUUUUUCUACGUUACACGUGCUACCUUCACGGACAUUCUGAGGACUGCAGUAUCCUAUUUAUCCGCCUUACGUGUUAUGAUUGAAAAACAACCGGAACGCAGACGUCGGCGUCGUAUCGAGCAUGUCACAUUAUUGGUUAUUGUUAGCAGUUACAGGCAUUACCUUAGUCCGAUGGCAAGUGAACGAUGGAAAGACGAUAUCGCAUACGCGAUAACCCCUUUCAAAUUGGUGGCUUGGUCCAUCGGUGUUUGGCCACUUCAAGUUCACAAUGUUUUUUCGCUAAUUCCAUAUACCUUGGGCAUCUGUUGCGCGAUCUUCAUGUUCAUUGUACCUUCGAUCGAAUUUUACUUGGGCUGCACUGACGCGGAGACGAACGUAGACUGCCUCAUGUUAAUCUGUUGCGGGAUACUCGGUAUGCUGAAGACAGUAUGGUUUCGCAUUUACGCAAGAAAUUUGGCUAACAAUUAUAGCUCUGUCAUGAAGGAUUAUUUGACAAUUGAAAACACAAUGGAGCGUGCCAUCAUGCGAAAACAUACUUUUAUGGGAAGGAUUAUCUGCUGUUUAAUUUUGGGCUUCGCUUACUUUAGUUGUGUGAUGUACGGGUUAAUCGCUAUUCUGGAUGAAAAUAAGCAUGUCAAUAUAACGAAUGAGGGUACCAUGCUGGAGUAUCCAAUACCAUCAAAAUGCGUUAUGAAGUACUUGAAUGCUCCAGUGAGCAUACAUAAAGUCUUCUGCUUUAUCGAUACUAUUGCAUUAGUACUAGCGAGUACUGCUAAUCAUGGUAACGACGCAUUGUUUUUAAACGUUACAUUACACGUUUGCGGCCAAGUGAGAAUUUUAAAAGCCAAUUUCCUUGAUUUUGACGUCAAAAGUCCGCAUAUUUACGAUCGUUUUAACGUGUUAGUUGAAAGACACAAGUACUUAAUAAAACUGGCCAGAGAACUUGCCGAAAUGAUUAGUUUCGUUCUGCUGAUAGAAUUAUUUAUUAUCAGUAUACUUUUGUGCAUAAUGGGAUUUCAACUUAUACUACAACUAGGAAAAAAUAACAUUGUUCUAAUUGUGAAAAAUAUAAUGGUACAAAGUACCUUUCUGACACAAUUAACUUUAUACGGUGUUAUUGGGAAUUAUUUAAAAUCUGAAAUGGAAGAAAUAGGGCUGUCUAUUUAUCAAAGCACUUGGUACAACUUUCCCGCAAAACUGACGAGACAUUUAAUCUUCAUCAUUAUGCGUUCAGAGUCUCCAGUUACCUUGCAAGCUGGAAAUUUUAUCGUGAUAAAUCUGGCAACUUACGUGAGCAUCCUAAAAGCAUCUCUUUCGUAUCUGUCUGUACUUCGUGUAAUGGUAAAAGUGUGA